AUGGCGGCGGUGCAACCACCAUGGUCGCCUCCUCCAAUCCCAAAUGGAGGAGCUGCAAAGCUCCCAAAACUAAAGCUCUGGAACUCAUUGACCAGGUCUAAGGUUGAUUUCGUGCCUCUCAAGGAAGGAAAAGUCUCGUGGUAUAGCUGCGGUCCGACUGUAUAUGACUUCUCUCAUCUUGGCCAUGCGCGCAACUAUGUCAGCUUGGACAUUCAGAGAAGAAUCAUGACACACCUUGUCACCGACGUCGACGAUAAGAUCAUUCUGGCUGCACGCCAACAGCACCUGCUGUCUGACUUCAUGAACAAGCACGCCAGCAUCGAUGGCGAAGUCCUCGACACGACGAAUGCCGCCUUCAAAGCAUACAUCUCGAAGAACCUUCCUCUUCUGCCCGAAUCUACCUCCGAGAAGCUCUCCGCCUACCCACAAGAAGUGGAAAAGGCAUACGGCCACGUCUUGCAAGGCAAGAACUUGGCCAAUGAUGGUGCCAACCCUGGGGACGACGAAGCAAAGAUCAAAAUGCACAUCAAGACAUCAUCCACGGCUGCUGACGCUCUGGCUGCUCCGGCUGAUGCUACCGGCUUCUACGCUAAGACUUCUGGCGUUUUGCUGCCCUACCUGGAUUUCCAAUUCGGCUCUACCAUCGAUGGUAACGACCAUGCACUCUUCAAUGUCCUUGCGAAGAAGUAUGAAAACUACUUCUUCGAAGACAUGGCUACUCUGAACGUACUGCCACCCACCACAAUCACUCGCGUCACCGAAUAUGUGCCCAAGAUUGUAGAAUUUGUCAAACAGAUCCAGGACAACGGCUUCGCAUAUGAGCACAACGGCUCGGUCUACUUCGACAUUGGCGCCUGGGAAAAGGCAGGUGGAGUCUAUGCCAGGCUCGCUCCUUGGUCCAAGGCAGAUUCCUCUCUUGUUGCAGAGGGUGAAGGAGCCUUGGCAGCUAAAGGCACGGAGUUCAAACGCAGCCCAGGCGAUUUUGCGUUAUGGAAGGCUACUAAGCAAAAAGGAGAGCCCUUGUGGCAAUCGCCAUGGGGCCCUGGCAGGCCUGGCUGGCACAUUGAAUGCAGUGCCAUGGCAUCAGAUAUUCUUGGAAGCCGAAUGGACAUCCAUUCAGGAGGUAUUGACCUUUGCUUUCCGCAUCAUGAUGGUGAGCUUGCACAGUCAGAGGCCUAUCAUUGCAAGAAUCCCUCAGAGCAAGACAGCACAUGGGUCUCGUACUUCUUGCACACCGGUCACCUGGGAAUCUCAGGGGCGAAGAUGAGCAAGUCGCUUAAAAAUUUCACCACGGUCAGAUCAGCAAUUUCUGAGGGUACGUGGACCCCCAGAAGCCUCAGAAUCGUUUUCCUCCUCGGAAAUUGGCGUUCAAGUCUCGAGAUCACCCCGGCAAUCGUAGGCCUCGCGUCAGGUUGGGAAGACAAAAUCUCCAACUUCAUGCUGAAGGCUUUGGACACUCUUAAAAACCCUACACAGCCAGCAGUCGACACCGAGACAGGCCUCUCUCCCGAUGAUCCUCUCAAAGAAGCUCUUCAAUCUGCCAAGAUCGGCGUGGAAGAUGCCUUGUUAGACAGCUUCGAUACGCCUACGGUUAUGAAGGUGCUCUCGGAUCUGGUCACUGCCUACAAUUCUGAGACUGGCGUCAGCGAUGAGUUGACCCUGGAAAUUUCGAAGUAUAUCACAUCGAUUGUAACGAUGCUUGGUCUGGAUGCCAACCCACCUUCUCACGGCAUUUCAUGGAGUGGUAUCGAAGUCAACCCUGACGUCGCGCCAUUCGUCUACCCUCUCGCAAAGAUCAGAGAUGAAGUCCGUAAGCAGGCUAUCGCAGGUACCAUCGACGCACCCGCUAUCCUCAGCCACUUCGAUGCCGCCGCACUUAAAACACCGCCAGCCACGAAAGAGGGAGCUGAAGCCGCUGAAGCCACCGUAGGCUGGCUGAGCAAGUUGAACGAUCUGAUCAAGAGCGAUGCUGCCCCCAAGGCAUACAUGCCCUUGUGCGACGAGCUCCGCGAUACCACGCUAUGGAAUUUGGGCAUAUAUCUCGAAGACAGAGCCUCAGGAGUUGCCCUCGUCCGCCCCCUCAAUGCAUCCCUCCGCGAAGAACGUGCAAACCGCGAAGCCCUAGCCGCCAUGAAACUCGAAAAGGCCAAAGCAGCAAAGGAAGCCAAAGAGAAGGAAGAGCGUGAGAAGCUCGAGAAGGGUAAACUGUCCCACCUUGAAAUGUUCCGCACUGCCGAAUUCUCAGAGUGGGACGAGGAAGGCUUGCCCGUCAAAGAUAAGGAGGGUAAGGAGGUUGCAAAGAGCAGAAGCAAGAAGUUGAGAAAGGAUUGGGAGAGGCAGAAGAAGUUGCACGAGGCUUGGGUUGCUGCUUCUGAGAAGUAG